AAACGGCAUUAUUAUAAAAAAUGCCGUUUUUAGUUUAGUUAUGGGCGGCAAUAAUACCAUGAACGCGCGUGAUUUUUUCUCACCUACUAAAACGAUGUCGUCUUGUGUAUACUGGAAUACUUUCCCCUUUUUCCCUCCUGCUAGUUCCCUCGUUGUCUUUACUUCUUAACUCUCCGCAAACAAAAAUCCCCAAAUCAAAACCCCAAAACGGAAGCCCAAAACGAAAAGCCAUCAAUGGUGCCUGGUGGUCGAUCAAAGCCCUAGCCCAUCUUACUGGUCGUUGAUAUCUCACCGUAUUCGCAGGUAGACACGAUUUCUUCUUCAUCGAUCUCUCCUAUUUCCUUGUCACAAGAUUUGGAGGACAUUCAUGCGUUCUAGGGUUUCAGAUUUGCACGUGAGUGCUCGUAGCUCUAAAAUCGAUGUACAGUGUUCUAUUUCUGCCAUUAGACUGCGGAUGCGGAUUUCCUGUUCGUGGAGCUUCUCUCUGCAUGUUCCAGUGGGUUUAUCAUCUUCGGGAUGGAACAAGGCAGUACAUAGAGGGAGCAACAAAUCCAGAAUAUGUUGUUGCCGCCGAUGAUAUGGAUAAACUUAUAGCCAUUGAGUGUAUACCAAUGGAUGACCGAGGCCUUCAGGUUGCAGCAUCACCAAAUGGAGAUGGAAAUGGAGAUGCAGGGGAGAUCACACAUUGUCACUGCCGGAGCAGAAUGGGGAGGUUGAUAACAUAGGCGAGCAUGCACAAUAUGAAUGACAGGAAAUCUUCUUCAUUAAUAUGCCAACCGUUUUGGGUCUUUUUGUAUGGGAGAUUCGCAACUAUAAGUUUGAUCUUUUGUUUUUGGAGAUACGGAAUUGGAACUUGUAUUUUGUUGUUUUGGUUUUGAUCUCCACAUUGGCAUUCUAUGCUCUGCACUCUUAUUUUGUGAUAAAGUUAUGUGAUGACUCGGUAGACACGAGCCUCUUGUUUAUAGAAUAUCCGAUUUUAUUUUAUGUAACUUGCAUUUUGAUAGUUGAACUUCAAAUAUUGGCCACUACAAUUCGGUAUACGAAAAAUAGUGGAUUGUGUCAAA